AUGCUAUGGAAAUUGCUGAUAAGAUCCCAGCUGUGCAGGCUGUGUUCCUUCAGAAAGAUGCUGUCGGCUUCAAAAUACAGACCCUCUUUAGCGUCCUUCACCUAUACAACUGAUCAUCAGUCAAACAAAGAAAAUAAAAGAACAGUGGAAAAACUCUAUAAAUUUUCAGUUGACAUCAGGAAAAUUCGCAGAUUAAAAGGCUGGGUCCUUUUUGAAGAUGAAACCUAUGUUGAAGAAGUUGCAAAUGUUUUACAACAACUAGGUGCCGAUGAAGCUACUGUUGCCAGUAUUUUGGAACGCUGCCCAGAAGCAAUUGUCUGCAGUCCAACCACUGUUAACACUCAGAGAGAACUCUGGCAGUUGGUCUGCAAAAACGAGCAAGAGUUAGUUAAGUUAAUAGAACAGUUUCCAGAAUCUUUCUUUACUAUUAAAGACCAGGAAACCCAGAAGCUGAACAUUCAGUUCUUUCAAGAGUUGGGACUCAAAAAUGUGGUCAUUGGCAGAUUUUUGACAACUGCAUCUAAUAUUUUUCAUAACCCUAUUGAGAAAAAUAGGCAAAUGAUAAGUAUUCUCCAAGAGAGUUACCUAAAUUUGGGUGGCUCUGAGGCCAACAUGAAAGUUUGGUUACUGAAAUUAUUAAGCCAGAAUCCAUUUAUAUUGCUAAAUUCUUCUGCAGCUAUAAAGAAAACACUAGAAUUUCUCCAGGAGCAACGUUUCACAAACUUUGAAAUUCUCCAGCUUUUAUCCAAACUCAAAGGAUUUCUUUUUCAACUUUGCCCAGGAAAUAUACAGAAUAGCAUUUCCUUCUCUAAAAAUGCCUUUAAAUGCACAGAUCAUGACCUGAAGCAAUUAGUUUUGAAAUGUCCUGCCAUUUUAUAUUACUCUGUUCCAGUUUUGGAAGAGAGAAUUCAGGGAUUACUGAAAGAAGGGAUUUCCAUAGCUCAGAUAAAAGAGACUCCCAUGGUUCUUGAAUUAACACCACAGAUAGUGCAGUACAGGAUAAGGAAACUGAAUUCCCUAGGCUACAGAAUAAAAGAUGGACAUCUAGCAAAUUUAAAUGGAACAAAAAAAGAGUUUGAGGCUAACUUUGGCAAAAUUCAGGCCAAAAAAGGAAGGCCGUUAUUUAACCCUGUGGCACCAUUAAAUGUUGAAGAGUAACUUGGGGACUGCUGCUGCUUUAUAGUAUCGCAGAGUAGUGAAGCUGAGUAGCAAAGACUUAAGUGAUUCAGGCAGUUUAUAGGCACUACUACUUUUAAGAAACUACUAACCUUUUGAGUUGUGUCUAAGUUAAUUCCAAAGUAGACAAUCUGACUCCUUUGCUAUAUUUUAAACUAUAAACUGCAUUUAUUUUAAAUAAAUUUGGUAAAUAAAGUUGGUAAUUUUGAUUUUGAGCUAUUUUUAAAAACUCCUAUACUAGUAAGUGGCACAUCAGAAUGAUAACUUUAUCAGAGAAUCCUUUCUAAGAAAUUGCCAGGUGCACUCCCUUAAUGCAGAGUAUGGAUACGUUUUUAUUUGUGUAGCACAUUUCGUCUGGGACAUAGAUCCAGUCUUCUUCCUCACCACCAGCUCUGAAACAUCACUCUGCUGUGGUCUGAAUCCGGUGUGUCUUAGUGUUAAGUGAAAUUAGCAAACUUCUAAUAUUUUUUUUUUUCGAGAAAGCUGAUUUUAUCUCUUGGUUGUGAUAAAGGAGUGCCUUUGAGAACCAACUAUUUCUCAUCCAAAAAAGAAUAGAGCUUACUUGUGUGGUUUGUUUAAAACUGACCAUCUCCUCUCAUAGAACUCCUUUAUGUGCACUGAUUACUUUCCCCAUUUUAUAGAUGAGGAAACAAGCUUAGAGAGGCCUGCCAAGUGAUAGAGCCCAGAUUUAUUGUGAUCUGACUUCUGUUCAAACCUGUGAAUAGAAAAAGGAUUGCUUAAGAAUUGGCAUUAAUUAAGAAAAGUUAUACCCUGGGGUGCCUGGACGGCUCAGGAGGUUGACCUCAACUCUUGGAUUCAGGUCGGCUCCUGAUCUCAUGGCUCCGUGCUCAGCGGGAGUCUGCUUGGAUAUUCCCUCCCUCUGCCCCUUCCUCCUCUCUUGCUUGCUUUCUCUCAAGUAAAUGAAUCUUUUUAAAAAAAAAAAAAAAGCCACACCCUUACAUGACAUGCCAAAGGAGUAUCAGCUACAAACUUAGGGAUUUUUAUGCAAAAUUCCUUAAAUAUGAAAUGAUCUAACUUACAUACAUUUGAAGUAAGCAGUAUUUUAGAAAACUGAAAAUCCAGGUCUGGCUCUGAAAGGGAAAGUGUGUGAUGGUACUGAUUUUAGUAGCAUUCCAAGUUUCUAUUUCUAAAUCUUGUUCCAAGAUAAACAUUACCCAGAUAAAGACUGGCUCACUUCCAGCUGUGCAGUUUGAACUCUGUAACAAAUAUACAGUUGACCUUAACACUCCAGUAUCUGUGUCCUGUGUGUGCAUGGUCUUAAAUAAUGAAAGACCUUUAUUCAUUAAGCAAAUGCAAGUAAUUCUCACUAUCCACAUCUGUUAGGUUCCUUAGGGUAGUGAAAGAGACUCCUGUGCAGCAACUACUAAGUGCCUGGCAUAUUGUGCUUCAGAACCCUAAGGGCUGAAUGCCACCAUUUACUGUUCUACAGAUGAGGAGACACAGGCACAAAAAGGGUCACUUACCUACCCAAAGUUAAACAGGAAUGUUUGUUCAAGAAAAAGAAUGGCAGCCAGUAAUAGUUGGGUCAGGAAGGAGUGUCAGGGGAGAGUGGCACAGGUUAAGAGUGUCACCUGUCCAUCUGAGGAAGAGCAUCUCAUUCUAAGUGUGAUGGGAAACCCUUGGAAAAUUUCUUUUGGUUGCUGUCCUGACAUAAUUAUCAGUGGUGCACUUUAUCUUCCACUCUGUCUCCUAGUUUGGAAUAGAUUAUACAUUUAAAUGGUUACCUUAGUUCUAUUUUGAGAUGCCUGCUAGAUAACUGAGCAGACAUGUCAAACAGGCAAAUGGCCAAGUCUGGAACUGUGAGAAGUCAGGGCGAGAGAGAGAGAUUCAGGGAUCAUCUGUGUAUCUAUGAUAUUUAAAGCUGCAAUUCUAAAUGGGGUUGCCUAGAAAUAGAUUAUAGAUUUGUAGUAGUGGCUGGCCAUGCCAGGGAAGAGUUGAUCAAAAUAAGAGGUCUGCCAAGAAAAGAGGGCAUGGUCAAUAAUAUUGAAUGCCACAGAGUGGUCAACUAAGAUACAGAUAAGUGACCAAUGGAUUUGGCAACAAGGAAAUCACUGGUGGGGGGUGCCUGGGUGGCUCAGCAGUUGAGCAUCUGCCUUCGGCUCAGGGCGUGACCCCAGGGUUCUGGGAUCGAGUCCCACUUCGGGCUUCCUGCAAGGAGCCUGCCUCUCUGUGCCUCUCAUGAAUAAAUAAAUCUUAAAAAAAAAAAAAAGGAAAUCAUUGGUUGGCCCUAUCAGGAGUGAUUGUGGUGCAAUGAGAAUGUAAGAAGACAACUGGAGCGGACUGCAAGGACAGGAGAUGGCUAAGAGGCAGGGACUAUAUAAAGUUUUUCAAGAACUGCAAAGGGAAGCCAGAAAAUGAAGGUUUUAAGAUUAGGCAUAAUUUUUCUUUAAAGAAAGCAAAUACCAGAAAGUGCUUCUAUGCUGAUAGGUAUGACUCAGGAGAACGAUGGAAGAGAUGGAAAAACUGCAGGAUUAAUAUCCUGCAGGGAGUGAAAGUGAACGGAUGUUGGGUCAGAGCACUGGUCCACAGAACACGGGAAUGGAUGCAGGCAGGUUGAUGGAGUAAGUGGCAUGAGAGAACAGUUACUGCUAGGUUGCCUCUUUACACA